AUGGUCAAGAUCCAGAUUUCCCAUGCCCCUCGACUUCAAGGAAGGCCUCCUCUAUUUGAGCUCUGCUUCGAAGCACCUACUUGUCUCCUAAAGACACAAAUGAAGACCCUGAAGAAGAUUACAACGGCACAGAAGGCUCUCAAGUGCUUGGUCAAAGGAGGAGCUCUGACGACAGAUCGUCUCUCACAAGCUGGCGAUCGCUCGGUUCUGAUGCAUACACUUGACGAUGCCAAUCCAAGCAUGAUAACGAAAGCCUUCCUCGAAUGUGGACAGAUCAAAUACAUCAACCAGGACUUCAAUCCAUUUAUGGUUGGGGAAUACACAUAUUCUGCCACCAAAUAUGUUCAAACGGGUAAAUGCGGAGGCCAUAACUCGCAGGCUGAAGUCUCAUUACAAUGUUGA